UAGGGGAGAUAAUAAAAUUUUCAUUGGAAUCUUUUUUGUGGAGCAAAUUGAGAGCUACAUCAAAUGUCAUGACAAAAAUACCGCUAUCUCUCUUAGAUUCGGAGAGAUCGGUCAAAAUCUCGAGUCAAAGACAAGUCAACUUAUCCGUUUUGCUACUUCGCUACUGAAUUCAUACGAAAAAAGGCCUGAAAUAUUUUAUCAAUUUGUUUCAAGUGACAAAAACUGUCAUCUGUGAUUUUCAUUAAUUUCCAAAGAUGUCAAUUUAUUGAGCCACAAUUUAGUGAACGAUUCCAGUUGUUGAAGUGAUUUCUUAUCGAGAAAAUGUGUUUAUUACACCUUUCAAGGUGUUGUAGUGUCUAAGUGACAAUAACUGUCACUUUACUGGUACACGGUCGGCACGUAUGACAAUAUUUCGUAGAAGAAAGCACCGCGUCUAGUAGACAAUUCUAUUAUAAUUCGAUUGACAAUUCGAUAAUUUCUUGAAUCAAUUGGAAAGCCAGGAAUUACAUUUAUUGGACUUCUCCAAGUGCCAAUUUCUGGCGCUUGCGUGGUGAUUUGACUAUCAAAUUGACCAAUGGCAAUGUUCCAGCUCAUAAAUUUAUAUUGAGUGCAAGAAGUGAUUAUUGGAAUGAAUCAGCAUUAGCAAGUACAUCAGAAUUAGACUGGAGUCAUUUCGAUGGCGAUGUUGGCUUGAUAUUGCUGAAGUGGAUUUACACAAGUAUCGUCGAGAAAGAAAAUUUGACUCUUGAGUUUAUGAAGGCAGCAUCAAGCUUUCAAUUGAAAGAGCUCGUCGAGCAAUGCGAAACUUAUCUCAUUGGCACUGUCAGUCUCAGAGAUUGUGUGGCACUUUAUACAGCGGCCGAGGGGUUGGGAGCUGAAAAAUUGCGGGAGUACUGCAGCUCCCUUAUAUCCACGCACUGGGACGACCUGACUGGUAAUGACUUCAAGGAAAUGCCCGGUGCUCUACUCUAUCAACUUUUGAAGACCAAAAGCGAUUAUCCACUGCACUCUGCUGUUAGGUUGGAAAGGGAAGACGUGGUAUUUUUAUAUCUCGUGGAACACAAUGCGGAGCUUCCAAAGGUGGUCAAUGCGGUGGAUCACAAAGGCCGACGGGCCCUGGAGGUUGCCCUCAAGUCCCGUCAACCCUCGCUGGCACGUACACUCGUUGAACAUCAGGCUGAUCUGAGUGCAAAAGAUUCAAGUGGUCUCACACUCCUGCAGUCUGCCAUCCUCAAGGGCGAUUCAUACGCCGCUGAAUUUAUUAUUGAACAAUUGGAAAACAGCGGCGCAUCGGAACGUCUAUCGGAUCAAUUGAUCUUCGAUAAAAAUUCUGAUGAUAAAGGGUUGAGUGAGUUUGAGGGCUGCACUGUUCUACAUUUGGUGGCUAAAUACAAUACUCCGGAUAUGGUGGGGGUGGCUGCGAAGCUCUUGCAAGCAGGGAUCAAUGAAAAUGUGCAGGAUAAAAGGGGAUGGACCGCUCUCCACUGGAGCAUCGCCGAGAGGCGCGAGGCCCUGUUCGACCUCCUCCUGGAAUCAAAGACUUUGAACUUAGACCUAACAACACUAGAAAACCAUUCUCCCCUAUCAUUUGCCCUCCGAGCCGACCCCUGUCUCAAACUAUUCGCCGAGAAGCUCCUCUCCCACGGUGCUACCGCAAAUCCCCUGUGCAGCAAACACCAAGACACUCUUCUCCACGUGCUAGCCAGAGAAGGCAAAGAGGAUGCAGCGAUCUUCCUCAUUCGGUACUCAAAAGCUACCGUACCGAAGCAACUGAACAUCAACGGAUCAACUGUCCUUCACGAAGCCUGCCGAGCAGGUCUCCCAGGUCUUGCAAAGCUCCUGCUGGACCUGGGCGACUCAGACAGCCUCACCGCCGUCACCAAGGACACCAACGAAGUCCCCCUGCACUUAGCCGUAUCAAAUCUCCACUUCAACGUCAUCCAGGUCCUCCUCGAGUCUUCAAACAGUCCAAAAGACCAAUUGGAUUGCAAAAACAACGAGGGAGAGACACCACUGAGUCUAGCGAUAAAAGCUCCACUGAAAAAAGGUCGUGAAAUCGUUGCUGGACUGAUAAAUGCUGGUGCUAACAUCAAUGAGGUCAACGACAGAGGCUUGACACUUCUCCAUCAAGCUAUCCUCAAAGAAGACUCAGCAACAGCAAUAUUUUUGUUGGAGAAUGGAGCUGACAUGAAUGCCAAAACACCAGAUAAUGAGAAUCCCCUGCAGUUGAGUGUUCACUGUCGACUUGGUGAAGUUGUGGAGGCACUUUGCAGACGUGGAGUUGAUACAUCUGUUGGUUGUCCACUCUGGGAUGCCCUGGAUUCCGACCAAGAUGACACUGCCUCCAUCCUAGUCACCCAUGGAGCUGAUACUGAUUGCUGGGGACCUGGACCUGAUGGCUGUUAUCAGACACUUCUUCAUCGUGCUAUUGAUGAUAAUAAAGAGGAAAUCGCCCAGUUCUUGAUUCGCAGUGGAUGUGAUUUGGAUGCUCCAAGGAGACCAGGACCUGAUGGUGGUGGUGGGGAUGAAGCCAAGGAUAAGUGCACACCUCUUCAUUUGUGCUGUCAGUGGGGCCUUGAACAAGUUGUUCAGACACUUGUGGAACAUGGGGCCAAUGUUAAUGCACGUGAUGCUGAGGGAAAGACACCCAUUCAUGUGGCCAUUCAGAAUCAGCAUACGCAGAUCAUAGCUCUGUUGCUUUGUCAUCCCAAAAUUGAUCUCUCGUCGAGGGAUAAAAAAGGCCUGAGUCCUUUUGCUACUGCUCUGACUGUCAGGAACAAUAAAGCUGCUCAGGCUAUUCUGGAGAGACUACCCACUGCUGCUGAACAGUUUGAUAAUAAGGGGAGGAAUUUUCUUCAUAUGGCCAUUCAGAAGGACGAUAUGGAAAGCAUUCUCUUCUUGUUGUCUAUUCAGGUUGAUGUUAAUUCGAGGGUUCAGGAUGUUAUUCAAACACCACCGUUGCAUCUUGCCGUUAGUUUAGGGAAUGAAAUGCUGGUGAGGAGCUUGAUAUUGGCAGGGGGCAGGAUCAACGAUACUGAUGCACAUAGGAAUACUGCUCUACAUGCUGCUGCUAAGGCUGGACAUGCUACUGUUGUUUCUGCUUUGUUACAGAACUCUAUUAAUUUUGAUGCUGUUAAUGCCGACGGGGAUAAUGCACUUCAUGUAGCGGUACGAGAAGGUCAUGUCUCAGUUGUCAGAACAUUGUUGAUGGAAUGUACCCUGGAUGCUGAGACUGUUAAUCUUAAAGGAAGAAAUCCACUUCACGAGUUGGCAAGAUGUGGACGUGAUAAUGCAGCGACUAUUUGUGAAUUUUUCCUCGAGUGCAUGGCGCAAUAUCCAAUUAACAAUGCAGAUGCAGAUGGCAAUACGCCUUUGUUGAUAGCUUAUAUGAAUGGCAACGGAAACUUGUGCCGGACGUUGGUGAAGGCCGGGGCUUGCCUUGGCUCCAUGAACAAGGAUGCUGUCACGAUAUUCAAUUAUCAAGUUGCAACGAAGCAAUUGCUCUUUAGAUUGCUGGACUCGUUGACUCAAGAGGCACCCUGGGCUGACAAAGAUAUUUGUCUUGAAUGUGGAACGAAAUUUUCACUUACCAUCAGGAAACAUCACUGUCGUCAUUGCGGACGAAUACUGUGCAGUAAAUGUUCAGCUCAACAUGUGCCAAUUCUUAAGUUCGCACUUAACAAACCAGUACGAGUGUGUUCUGUCUGCUUCGAAGUCCUGCAAGUUGGGCCCGAAUGAACGCAAAAAUCAAAAUGUGCUCCGCCAAAAUUCUGUAUCGUCACUGUGUACGCUGAGAAAGAACAUUAUUCUAAUUUCAAAUAUUAUUCAUUGAAACGAAGCUUUUGGAUUUUGUAAAUUCCGAAGAGAAGUGAUCAUUAUCCGAACAUUUUCCUGCGUUUUUUUCUAAACUUGGAAAAAAUCCCAAACUGUAAAACGUAUAAAAACUAUCGCAAGACCACGACACUUCGUGAGCCCUUAAAAAUUGAGAAAACGCAAAAACUUUCCCUUUUUUCCGUCAAUCUGAUGGAUCAUUUAUCAGAAGAAUUUUUAAAAACGUGAGUUUGGACUGAAAGACUCGUCAACAUCUUCAAUAUAAAAUACAUAGUUGUUUAAAUAAUUUUUUUCUCUGUGCAGUGACUCUAACUGUACUCUCUAUUGGAACAAAAAAUAUAUGUAUAAAAGAAGAGGAUUAAAAAAAAUGGUGCCUUUAAUGAAUAA